AUUUAUUAGGUACAGUUUCUAAAGUUUAAAACUUCAAUUCAAUCUACAAAUUAAUAUUUAUUUAAUGAUUUCGUUAAGCACCUGUACUGAAAUUACAAGCUUCUUGCUAUUCGAUUAAUUGAUGUGCAAAAUAAGUUACUUCAAUUUCUCUUAAAUAUUUUAGAGUAUUUUACUAUUGAUUCAUUAUGGCCUCAUCUCCUGAAUUGGAAACAAAACCAACAGAGGACACUGAAAUACCCGACGCAUCUUCAUUUCUAACUGAAAUAUUUAAUCCGAUGAAUGUUGUUUUGUCUUUUAUAGUAUGUGUGUUAAUAUAUAAAAUAUAUAGGAACAAGUUAAGCAAAGCAUCGGUAGAUCCUCCAAUUCCAGAAUUACCCAAGAUACGUAAGGAUAUGACUGCCGCUGAACUUCGGCAAUACGAUGGUAACCAACCUGAUGGCAGAGUACUAGUUGCUGUAAACGGUUGGAUUUUCGACGUGACGAAGGGACGCCGCUUCUAUGGCCCCGGUAGUCCAUAUGCAGCAUUUGGUGGUACUGAUGCAUCUCGUGGCCUGGCUACAUUUUCUGUCACUUCUUCAGACAAAGAGUAUGAUGACCUUAGUGAUCUUAACUCUGUGGAGAUGGAUUCAGUCAAGGAAUGGGAGGCACAAUUCAGAGAGAAAUAUGACUUAGUUGGUAGACUGCUGAGACCAGGUGAAGAACCCACCCACUACUCAGAAGAAGAAGCCGAGGAAGCACCAGUUAAUAAUCCUGAGGAGAAAAAGGAUCAGUAGCCGAGGAUUUCUGAAAUCAUUCACACGUGGUCCAUCAAAAACUCUGGACUUGAUCUACUUUUGCAGACUUUCGUUGCCUUUCUAUUUUUCUAAAGAAUUUUGUAAAAAAAAACAUACAAAUGAGGGUAGGUAGAAAUUGAAUGAAAUUUAUUGAUGAUACUCUUACUCUGGGCUUACACAAGUUUUAUACAAAACUAUAUAACGAGAUAGUAACAACAUGCAACUUCUACUUGUGUUAGGAUUGCUUUCUGUAUUGUUUAGAUCAAAAUUUUGCGUGAAAGUAAUGUAAAAUAUAACGCUCAUGCUUAGUGUGCAAACUUACAGUGUAGUACGGUGUAAUUGAGGGGCUAAUCUAAACUUUGGUUUCCGAUAUUUAACAGUGCUAUUGGAUGUUGAGGCCUUGAGUACAAAAAUUACAUUUAUUGUUCUAUAUAACUGAUGAAAAAGAAGUUAUAGGUUAGCUGCUAGACUAUUAAGUGUUGCAUAUAUAAACUGAACAAUAGCUACCAAGAGACAUCAUGUUAUUUUAUGAACGCUGAGACCUCAGUAUCCCCCUUUCGCCUGUCAUUUCUAAAACAAUACUUUUCUACUCUAUUGCCCGCUGCUUUUUAACGCAUCACGGAGGUUAUGAAAUUUGUAUUUACGAUUAAUAUGGAAAGACUGAGUGAUGGCUUAUGUAGCUGUAUGGUAUUAUAAUACUUAUUAUCAUCUUAGAUAAUUUAUACGUCUAGAUAGAGUCUCUUGCUGUUAGACAACCGAUAAAAGCAGACCGGGAAUAUUAGUUUACUGUGCGGGACAAACUACGUCUUAAUUACACUCGCGAUUUGUAUGACACUUUGUGUUAGUGUGCGUGAAUUGCUCAAAAUGGAUGUUAGAUCUAAACUCAAUUUUUUGCGAAGUUUUCACAGAUAUCAUAGUUUAUCUGGACGUAUAAAUGAUCUAACAACAUCACAUUCCCAACACUGUCAUAUUUCAUGAAUAUUUCGUCUUUAAGAAACCUUCACACUAAAUUCUUUGACAUGUUUUCGCUUCAACUUAAAAAUGCCCAAUUUGAUAGGCGCUUCUAUCUAGAGUUGCCGUUUAAUAAAAUAUAUAUAAAAAUAGGUAUGUAAUAUAUUUAUGUAUUUGUUAGCAAUACGUGUUUCUAAAAUAUACAUUUAAACAACCUUCAUAUUUCAAUGUAGGUUUUUAUAAAUAUAAAUAGUUUAUUGUUGAGAUAAAUGUUCAAUAUUUAUAUAAUAUAAUUUUAACAGGCAAGAAUGUCUCUUUUAAAAACAGUAGGUGAUAAACAACCACAACCCUGGCAAUUAUAGUAGUAAAUCUUACUGGUGUGUAUUUUAGUGUUAUCAUCGUGUUCAUGAAAAAGAAUCAUUUUAUCAGUUCAGUAAGAAUCUAACCAAAUUGAUAAAUACGAUUGAAUCGAUUUCAAAUUCAAAUAUUUUUAAACAAAUUGUUAUGUUUUUAAUGUGAUAAACCCUCACUCCUAGGAUUAAUACACAAAUAAAAUACGCCAGAGGACGUGGGUUCGAGUCCCGCCGUUCACAAAAUUUUGUUUUUUAAAUUUUAUUUGUGUCAAAUGUUUUUAUUCAAAAUUUGUUUUGAAUACAUCAAUUAAAAGUCAGAGAUUCCUCAGACCUGAGGAAAACGCGCCCAAGAAACACAGGAGGUUAUUAAAUAUCCAUAAAGUCUGGUUUAAACCCAGAUUAAUUAUUCACUUGGAGAUAAUUUUGGCGCUAAUUUUAUGAUCUUUCCGACUUUAAUGAAAUAUUGUCGAUCGUUCUCUUUGUUUUAUUAUACUAUGCAUUUAUGUAGUUUUAUUUAUUAAUUGUAAUUCACCUUUAUUUAUAAUCAUUUUAUCAUUUGACCUACCUUACGGCUCGAGGUUCGGUACUUAAACUUGUUGUAUUAAAUUUUAAGUAUUGAAAAUUUUAAGUAUGCAUAAUAUUAAUGAUUUGUUAAGAUGUCAAUUAAGUUAUUAUACUUUGUGCUUUUAAUCGUGAUUUAAUUCUUAUUAAGGACAAUGACCAUCAAUUUAUGGUAUACCAUACCAUAUAUUACCAUAUUGGAUCGAAUUCAAACAUUGUUUUUAGAGAGUAUAUGUAGGUUUUCUUAUUAUAUUAUUAUCUCCUACAGAAAUUCUUUUUGUAUAGAAAACUCGAGUUUUUAUUUAUUACAGGCAAGUAGUCAUUUUGGUCUGACACCCCACUUCUCGUCAUAAUAUAUUCACAAAAUACAAACAAGUUCGAAUUCUAAAUUUUCCGCCUUAUUACAAAGAACGGUGUAAACCAGAACUAAAUAUACCAGCUUUAUUACAGUCCUAAAAUUGGUGCAAGGUUUAUCGUGUGAUUAUUAUAAAAUGUAGAUCUAGCUGGGACCAAUAAGUACCAGAGGUAGUCUAAAGUUCAAAUAAAAUUCACAGAUAAAAAGUAAAAUAGCCAUUAGCAAAAAUUGAAUGAGUGAACGACAGCUCACUAUUCAGUUCACUUAUUUAGGCAAAUAUUAUUAAAUAAUCACAAGUCUAAAAAUAUAGACUCGCGUAUUCGAUAAUCAAAUUCAAAUAUUUUUAUUCAAAAUAGGAUGUGACAUCACUCAUUGAAAGUCAAAAAACUACCACCCAUUCCAAAAUGAAUGCCUCAGACCUGAGAAGAAUGGGCGCGACAAACUCAGCGGGCUUUUUUUUUCAUCGAAUAAAUAUGUUUACAAAGUAAUAUUGUACAAUUAAACUUAUUAUUUAAUAGCCUUAGGGCGGUCACUCCAUUCCCAAUCUGUGGAAUCAUUAAGUAAUUUAUGUUAUAGUAACCUUUACCACACAAACGUUUUUUAACAAUUCUUUUGAAUAACGUAAUACUUUUGUUUUGAACAUUUUCUGGGAUCUUGUUAUAAAAGCAUAUACAUCGCCCCACAAAAGACUUACUAACUCGACUUAGCCGAGUAGUAGGCAUCAUAAAUUUAUGUCUGUUCAUCCAAAGUCAAAAGUAAAAAAAUGUCAGAAAUGUAAAAUGAAAAAGAAACAACAUAUUGGAAUGACGAUCAGUUGUGUGAACGUCAUGUAAAUAAAUAAAAACGAUAUUCAUACUUUUAUAUAUUUUUUUAAAUUGCAUGUUCAGAAAUUUAGUCUAUGACAUGUAAUAUUUUAAAUUAAUUAAAAAAAAUGAAAACAAUUAGUAUACAAUUUUGAUUUUGAAGCAAGACUUUUGGUACUUUUGGUCAUUGUCCUUUAUGCAGAUUACAUAUAAAUUUUAUAUCGUUGUUGCUUAUAUUUUUUUUCACAGCCAUUUAUAGCCUAUAGACUAUAAGGUGCAAAUUGCUAAUACUCUGAUAUGUUUGUAUAGCGGCCUAUAUAAAAUCUAUAUUAUAUUAUUAUAUAAAUUUUA